AUGGAUGAAAACGAUUUUUCAGAAGAUACAACUUAUAAGCAACAGGAAGAUUUACCUUAUGAUGGUGAUCUCUCCCAAAUGAACAUAUGCAAUGAUUACAAUUUUACCGGAAAUACUAACACCCUCGAUGUUAUUCCAAUAGGAGAUGACCCCAAAGUAAAGGCUGCCCAUGUUGAAACAUACAGAAAUACAGCCAUGGCCAUGACGUGGGAUAAAGUUACUGAAAAUGCUACCAAUAAAAAGUGUGAUAAAGAGAAUCAACGCACCAUGACUCUUCAUGUUCAAGCUACUAAAGGAGCUGCUUCAAAGUCAAACGUUUCUGAUAUUUUACUCCAUCAUCUUUCUAAAGAGCAAUUACUAAGAGUUCAAGGUAUUAACUUUGAAACUCUCCCAGAGGCAUGUAAUGGUGACUGUUUUGAUGAAACAGCUUUUAUUAAAAAUAUUAUUUCACGUUAUGUUAAGAAUUCUUUCCCAAAAGCACAAACCUCAGAAUUCAUUGACCAACUCAACCCCAAAAGAGAUGUCAAAAAAAGCAGUAAGCCCACCGGUUCUCCUAUCAUGACAAAAGAAAAUAUCUGUGAUUUAGAAAAGCCAGUUGUGACUGCAAAUAGCAACCAUCACGAAAAUUUAAAUUUUCUAACUAAAAUCAAGGGUCCACAGGAUGAACAAAAAAGUUGCCAACGGCAGACACCCCAGAAACAGUUGACAGAAAAAGCAACUUCAAGCAAUGACUUCAAAUAUGGAAAAGGUCAAGUUCAUUGCCAGCUGCCAGAUUUCUCUAAAGUUGCUCUCAAAAUGAAAAUCCCUAAAAAUCACAUAAUGAAUAAGUCACUUACAAUGACUAAGCCAGCCAGUUUUUCUCCUAAAUUGAGAAACAAAUCAGCAAUCAUGCAAGAUAUUUUAGAAACCAUGUUUAGGUCAAAGUAUGUUGAAAAACAACAUCUGGAGCAGAAAAGGGAAAGUACAAAACCUUCACAACAAAUGCAGAUGGAGCCUACAGUACACAAACAUCAAGACUUUCUUACAGAAAUAAAAACUGAGACACAUUUGUUGAAGUUGUCAUCCACCUCUCAGAAAGAGGCCUUCUCAAGUACUUACAUAUUUCAAAAGCUAUCCCAAGGCAAGCAGAUGUGUCAAAAGUUAAAAGAACAGACUGAUCAACUGAAGACUAAGGUACAAGAAUUUUCCAAAAAAAUAAAACAAGACCCUUUCUGCCAUUUGAAAGAAAAAAGAAUGGUCCUGAAGAAACUUCAGGAACACCUUGAAGUGCUGGAACAGGAGUUGCUGGCCUCCAAGGAAAAACAUUUGGGCUUGCAGCAGCAAAUCCACAAGCAUGAAUGCCCAACUGUAGAUGACUUUGAUCCCAACAGAAAAGUGGAAGGUAAAAUCUUCAAGUUGGAGGUGCUACUUGAAGAUGUUAGAGAGAAAAUUGACGAAAGCAAAUGUACUUCAGCACUCUGUCUUCCUGUGAGCUCUCCAAUCUUCCUGGAUGACUUGGCAUCCACAGCCUCUUCGUCCUCAAAUGAGGUCAUGCAUCUGUACAGUGAUGUGUGUGCGAAUGUCUCCCAUCCUGAUGUGGCAAGUUCAGCUGGGUCUGAGCAGCAGACUGGGCUGGGCUGCAGUCCCCGGCGGUGGGGUGAGUCACAUCCUCCCUCAUACCACAUCUGUGUGUGUUUUGUGGUGCAGGAGGACCCCAGCAGCACCCGGGGAAGGCAGAAACGUGCAGAGAUGAUGACAUCCAGUCCAAGCUGUGCCUUCUGCAGCCGGCUCCUUGAAUGGAAGCAAAACAUGGAGAAAAAAGGCCACAGACAGAUCGACUGUGGAAGGCUUUCAGUUGUCAUUCAUGAAAAGGCACUGCGCCAACGUUCAACUCUCGGUUCCGACACAGAACCCAGGUUCUGUUCUGGUUCUGACACUGGGUGGCAAAGGAACAAAUGUGAGGACUGUGGCAAUAAUAUUCAUAACUACCGAAAAGUCUGCAGUAAAGAACCACUGAACGAAUUUUAUUAUAGAUAUAACACCCCAGGACAGAAUUACUUAAAUCAUAGCAGAAAAGGUGCUUUUGUCCAGUCUUCAGAUGAAAAUAAAAAUUCUUCACCUCUUUGUCCAAAACCAAAACGGAUCUGUUCCCAGAGAGUGAAUUCGAAAUCCUUUCAAGGUGAACAUGAGCCCACACCUGGAAAAAAAAAUACCUAAAAUCUUAAGACUUUCAUGACCUACAGCUGAAUUGCAAUACCUUUACUCCUUUUUCACUCCUUCAGGAUUCCUGGAAGCAAAUCCUUAUGUGGCUUUAGUGGCUCUGAAGAAACAGAAUCUAAGAUUUUAAACUCGGCUUUGGAUCAUGCCCUAAAGACAGCAACCAUUUUGAAAAAAACUACUGAUCAAAUGAUUAAAGCUAUUGCAGAAGAUCUUGCCAAAGCAGAGAGAUGGAGGAAUCAACUGAAAUACUACUAGUUCAACACAAAGUAACCAAGGGUUAAAAAGAUAAAGAAAACUUGAUCUGCCCCCAAAAGUAUUUCACUUAUUACACAAUUGAGAAAGAUUAUUUUCUACAGAAAGCACCAAAACCAUAAGAAAUGGUCAACAAAGUGUUUAAUGAAAACAAAACAAAACCCUCUGAUUCUUAAAAAUCAAAAGCAACCAACAAAUAUUUAUAUUAAAUAAAUCUAUGUUCUUCCUAAUUCAUAAUAAAGAAAACAAAAUGAAAUAAAAUCUACUUUCUCCUAUUAAUAGUAUGGAAGAAAUUAAAGUUUGAAAAAACUUUGUCAGUGAAGAUGGAAA